CACCGACCCGAAAAGGUAAUUUCCAUCAUCUGAUCUCAUCAUCUAAAAAAGAAAGAACAAGAGAAAGGAGGAACCGGAGACUAGAAACUCCGAGGUUGGGGACUGUUCUUUCAUUACCAAAAUUCAUCGUCUCCGAACAACUUUCAAUCUCUAGCUUCAUUUCUAGAAGUCUAUAUCUUAUCAAAAUUAAAGGGAAAACCAGGAGUUAAAAAAAAAAAACCGAAAAGGAACGAGAAAAGGGGGCCUGGCAAGGAACAAAGGAGCAGCCGGAAGUGCCGCCACUCGCGGGAAUCAGCCACCACCACCUUUUAAGGAGGAAUUGAGCUAGUCCGACGGGCAUCGUAGAUCAUCAUGGCUAGGGACAGAAAGAGCAAGGAGGAGGAGGAGAUUGUUGCAAAGAGGAAAGAUAAACGCAAAAGAACAAGUUGGUCUUCAUCCCCGGAUGCACACCAUCGACAAGGAGAUGAAUUGAAAAAGCGCAAAAAGCACGCAAGUUCAGGAGGUGAAGAAGAAGCAUCCAAGAUGAGGAGGAGGGAAAAGAAAGACAAGUCUAAAAAGUCCAAGCGCCACCACAAGUCUCAUCAUCCUAAAUCCUCAAAGCCCCGCCAUUCUUCUCAUGCUAAAGAGAAGAAGUCUGGUGAUAAGCAUGCAGAUACAAGACACAAGCAUGCGAAAUGUAAGCAUCAAGAACUCUCCAGCGAUGAUUACUUUUCCAAGAAUAACGAAUUUGCUGCCUGGCUGAAGGAAGAAAAACAUUUGUUUUUCUCUGAUCUUUCAUCAGAGUCCGCCCGAGAUCUAUUUUCGGAGUUUGUGGUACGAUGGAACGACUCUGAGCUAGAGCCUCGUUACUAUGAAGGCAUUGCAACUGGUCCUCGGACAUCCCAUAAGUGGAAUAUUAAGAAGUAGAGAAAUAUUACAUUGUAGGAUUACUUUUUCUAAUUUCUCUACUGUUCCAGUGAAAACCUGAGGAAAACAUCUCUCUCUCCGGGAACAGUCUCCAGAGACAGAGACGUCGCUAGUUUAUAUCCAAAUCCAUCCUUUUUUUCAUUUCUAGAAUUAGCAGGGGAGCUUUUAGUCUGCAUCUGUUAGCAAUAGCAAAUGUGAGAACUGUCGUAGUAGUGUUGUAAUAUGGAAAAUAAACGAUCCGUAAGAUGUAGCAUGUAUCUUUAACUAGUUUCAAUUUGUAUUCAUUUUGGAAGGGUUGAGAGUUGCUCCGCUUGGAGCCCCAUUAUAUCACACUGUGUAAUUGCUGCAACUCAAGCAUCUUACCAACGUUGGUGAUGUUAAGUGAUCAUACUGAACUACCGAAGUCAUUUUUGCCCAGUA